CAGUAAACAAAGACUGGACUAAAGAUGUUACUGACAUAGGCUAGAAGUUUUGAUCUCUCUCUCCAUCAAAAUGGCUUUCUGCGGAACUUUGCGAAUGCAUGAUGCAUACAGCUGUAAAUUCCAAUGCUUGGCUGGACGUGUUCCUGCAGUUGAGCACUAAUGAGGGCGGUUUGACCAGGGGCCUUGGUGUCGUCGCUGCGCACACAGAGACUUGUCACCAUGGGAAAACAAAACAGCAAGCUCAGGCCAGAGAUGCUCCAGGACCUGAGAGAGAACACAGAGUUCUCUGACCACGAGCUGCAGGAGUGGUACAAGGGCUUCCUAAAGGACUGCCCUAGCGGUCACCUCAAUGUGGAGGAGUUCAAAAAGAUCUACGCCAACUUUUUCCCUUACGGCGACGCCUCCAAGUUCGCUGAGCACGUGUUCCGCACCUUCGACACCAACAACGACGGCACCAUCGACUUCCGGGAGUUCAUCAUCGCGCUGAGCGUCACGUCGCGCGGCAAGCUGGAGCAGAAGCUCAAGUGGGCCUUCAGCAUGUACGACCUGGACGGCAACGGCUACAUCAGCCGGGAGGAGAUGCUGGAGAUCGUGCAGGCAAUUUACAAGAUGGUGUCCUCAGUGAUGAAGAUGCCAGAGGAUGAGUCCACGCCUGAGAAGAGGACAGACAAGAUUUUCAGACAGAUGGAUCUGAACAAUGAUGGCAAGCUUUCCCUGGAGGAGUUCAUCAAAGGUGCCAAAAGUGACCCCUCGAUCGUACGGCUACUGCAGUGUGACCCCAGCAGCGCGUCACAGUUCUAAGGGUUCCCCGGUUCCUCAGAGUAAACAAACACACAAUGCAUGAAGGUUCCUGUCUUUUUGUGUACGAAAGAGGAGAGUUUUAACAGCAUAAUGUAUUCAUUUUAAUUUCAGAAAUUGGACAUGCGUUCAGUAAAAACAAACAAAAAAAAACUGCCAAGACAUCAGCUGUCAGCUGUCCAUCAUCCGUCACUCUGUGGAGGAGAGAUUUCCGUUGAAUUCACAAACACGUGCGGAUCAGAAUGUCAGACGGACAGUGUCUUACAGAACCAAAAUUUCAGAAGGGAACAUUCCACAUUGGGAAUCUGACAUAUCAUGGUCAGAUAUGUGCUGUAUGUUUUCUUUGUUUGCUUUUGUUUUCCCGAAGACACAAAUCUCCUUCCACUUUUUAUAUUCAUAUUUAUGUGGAUAUAAUAUACAUGCAUAUAUAUUUAUGUAUGCAUAAACAGAAUAGUUUGUGUAACCACCAUGGUAUUGGAGGUAGUAUUUAUAUAGCUUAGUUCCCCAAGCAAGUAAACGCCAGUAAAAUGUUGAUACUGGGAUGGACUGGGAUGCUGGGAGUUUUUCCCAACUGGAACUUAUGAUCUUCUUACAAAAAAAGGCUGAAGAUCCAGUUGUUUAAUUUAUAUUUUUUAUUUUCUGAUUUUGUUUCCUUUAUGAUUUUUUUUUCAUGAAUGUUGCAAACGUAUCUCUUUUAGAUUGUGUGUGUGUGUUUGUGUGGUGCAUAUGAGGGGGGAGAGAGAGAGAGAGAGAGAGAGAGAGAGAGAGAGAGAGAUGUUUUGAUUCCAUAGCUGCUUGGAGCAUGAAUCUAAACUAAGCUUUUGCACUGAAUUUUGGGAAAGAGCUGCAACAACAUGUAUCUGUGACAUGUACAUUUUGGGUGAAAUAAGAUGAAGGUGCAUGUAUCAGGUGAGGGUGCUGUGCAUGUGUGUGUGUGUGUGUGCAUGUUCUUGCUAAUGUAACAGUAUUAUCAGUUUGCAUUCCUUUUCUGAAAAUUCAAGUAUUCAAAAUUAAUUUCAAACUGUGAAGUGGUGUCAUAGCGUUUCAAAUGCAAUGCAUGGUGCAGGACAUGAACAAGAUACUUAAGGACUUACUUGAGAAGUUAACAGAUAACACACUCACAUUACAACAGUGGACAAACUUAAAGCGAAUGUAUUUAAUGUCUUGUUUACACACGUUUUCUCCCCUCUGGGUAAACGUGUCCUUUUCAUUCCACAGAAGGAGGAAAAGCCACCAAUAAGGGCUUAUUUCCAUUCUCAGUAGAAGGUGGACAGUGAACAAUGUUGUCAUUAGCAUCUGCUGUUAUCUCAUUACAAGGCAACCGCUUGAAGACAAACCCCUGCUUAGAGACCCCGGCUGCAGAGUCCUUUUCAUGCGCACUGUGAAGGCUGUGCUGUGCAUUCUGGGUUCUGUUCUCAAGUCUCGAUGCUGAAAUCUUCUGUUGCACCCCUUUCUUUUGUUGCAUGAAAGCCUCUCAUGAGGAUGCCAUGUUUGUCCCCUACUACCCAAAUCUAUGAAAAAAAAAUAUAUACUUAUGUGUUUGAAA